UUGUAUUCUAACCUAAUCUACGUAAUCACUAAAUAAUACACGUCAUACAUUGUCAGUGAGUUGUACUUACUUAUGUGCAUAAUCUGAUAAUAUAUUAAUUGUGAUAUUAAUAUAAGAGUUACAAAAAUGUCGGAUGUAAGAAAUUGGUUUAAUUCUUUACCAAUUUUCACAAGAUAUUGGCUAUUAUGUACAGUAGUUUGUACAUUAGUAGGAAGAUUCGGAUUAAUAAAUCCGACUUCACUAAUACUUAUAAAUGACCGCUUCAUAAACAAUUUUGAAAUUUGGAGAGCAGCAACCAGUGUUUUCUUCUAUCCUCUUAAUCCAAGUACAGGCUUUCAUUUUUUGAUUAAUUGUUAUUUCUUAUAUAAUUAUUCGCUGAGGUUAGAACGUGGGGAAUAUGAUGGAAGACCAGCAGAUUAUUGUUUCUUACUCUUAUUCAACUGGAUAUGCUGCGUUAUCAUAGGACUUAUUGGUGAAUUUCAUUUUCUCAUGGAUCCUAUGGUACUUAGCAUAUUAUAUGUUUGGUGUCAGUUAAAAGAUGCUACUGUUAAUUUCUGGUUUGGUACAUCAUUUAAAGCAAUAUAUUUUCCAUGGGUAUUGUUUGCGUUUAAUCUUAUUAUAUCUGGAGGUGGUAUGAUGGAACUUUUUGGUAUUUUAGUGGGACAUCUUUAUGUAUUUUUGAAAUUUAAAUAUCCUCAAGAACUUGGUGGAUUUGAGCUUUUGAAUACUCCAAAAAUUCUUGAAUCUUAUUUUCCACCUCAAAGAGGUAAUAUUAGAUGGUUUGGAUCUGUACCUAUACAAAGAUCACAGACUCAACAUACUAGAAAUACAUUUGGUGGUCAUAAUUGGGGACGAGGAUAUGUCUUAGGAGAAUAAAUUGUUAAUUUUAUCAUGAAAAAAUGAUAUUAAAUUUUUUCCAUUAUUUUCAUUCGAUUAGUUUUAUUAAAACAUAUAUAAAAAAAAAUGUGUAAGUAAUUUUGUUUUUAUAAUAUAUCUUCAAAAAUUUAUUAAAAAUAAAUACACUUAAUAUACUAA